GUUCUGACACCAGAACCAUGAGUCCUCUGCUCGCCCUUCUGACAUGUCUCGCCUUCACAUCUUCGGCCGCUAAACCCAACGCUGGUUUCAAAACGUGGGGGCGUUUCAGCAAGCUGCCCUAUCCAGGAGACAAGGCUUUCCUCUACGAUACCUUCCCCAAAGACUUUAUCUGGGCGGUGGGCACAGCGGCGUACCAGGUGGAGGGCGCGUUUGAGAAGGACGGGAAGGGGCUCUCUAUUUGGGACACUUUUACGCGCGGUGGGACCCGGACUGUCACCGGGGACGUGGGCAGCGACAGCUACCACAACAUCCAGGCCGACAUCCGAGCCAUCAAGCAGCUCGGGGUCAGCCACUACAGGUUCUCCUUGUCCUGGUCCAGGAUCUUCCCAAACGGGACCCGUGGGAGCUAUAAUGAAAUCGGGACAAACUAUUACCGGAACCUGAUCAAGAGGCUGAAGGAGUCCCGCGUGCAGCCGAUGGUCACGCUCUACCACUGGGACCUGCCCGAUCACCUUCAGCAGACUAUGGGGGGCUGGACUAACCCGGAGAUGGUGGACAUCUUUAAAGACUAUGCUGACUUUUGUUUUCAGACUUUUGGGGAGGAUGUGAAGUUCUGGAUCACCAUCGAUAACCCGUUUGUGGUGGCGCGUCACGGGUAUGGAGACGGGACGGUCGCUCCUGGGAUAAAGAAUGACCCUGAUCUUCCGUUUCGGGUCGGACACAAUCUCCUCAAGGCUCAUGCAGCCGCCUGGCAUCUCUACGACCAACAUUACCGCCCCCGUCAGCAGGGCAAGCUGUCCAUGGCUCUGGCCUCCCACUGGAUCAAACCCAGCCGCACCCGCCUGGAGAGCCUUCGAGAGUGUCAGUGCUCCCUGGACCACGUCCUGGGCUGGUUCGCCCGACCGCUCUUCACAGACGGAGACUACCCCCCCUGCAUGAAGGCCAGGCUAGGCUCACGUCUGCCGUCCUUCACCGAAGAGGAGAGGGAGUAUGUGAAUGGGACAGCGGACUUCUUUGCCCUCUCUCAUGGAGCAGCUGUCAGCUUCCACCUCAUCAACGAUAGCCUCAAGUUCGGCCAGCUAGAGGAUCUUGAUCUGAGGAUGCUGCUCUACUGGAUCAACGCCGAGUACAGCAGGCCGCCUAUAUUUGUGGUGCAGAGUGGCUGGUACGUCCUCAGCAACACUAAGACAGAAGACUCUAGACACAUGUACUACCUCAAGAGGUUCAUCGCAGAAGCUCUGAAGUCGAUCGUGAUCGAUGGAGUAAAUGUGAUCGGAUACAUAGCCUGGUCUCUGAUAGACGGCUUCGAGUGGCACAGGGAAUACAGGAUACGACGGGGACUUUACUACGUCGACUUCAAAACUUCUGACAUGAAGAGGGAGCCAAAGACAUCUGCCACUUUUUAUAGAAAUGUCAUCCAGAAAAACGGGUUCCCAGAGCUCCCAGAAAACCAACCUGCACAAGGGGUGUUCCCAUGUGAUUUUGCCUGGGGGGUGUCUGCCAACUCCAUUCAGGUGGAGACUACACCCACCCUGUUUGCAGACCCCAACGUGUAUUUGUGGAACAUCUCCAAUAACGGGGAGCUGAUGAAGCUGGAGGGCGUCGGUGCUCCACCUUUACGGCGACACGCACGUUGUGCAGAUUACGCCACCAUCAGACAACAGGUGGAUGAAAUCCGGCAGGUGGGGGUAAACCACUUCCACUUCUCGCUCAACUGGUCCGCUCUGGUUCCCCUAGGCAACGUCACUCACCCAAACACCACCCUGCUGGGCUACUACCGCUGUUUCACCCGUCAGCUGCUGCAGGCCAACGUCACACCUGUGGUCACUCUGUGGCACCACACACGCCAGCGCAGCAGCCUGCCAGCCCCACUGGACACCUGCAACAAGUGGCUGAACAGGGAGACUCCAGAGGCGUUUGCAGAGUAUGCCAGACUUUGUUACAGAGAACUCGGGGCCCAUGUGAAGAUGUGGAUCACCCUGAAUGAGCCCAAUGAUGAGAUGGUGACUUACCAGGAGGGGCAUCAGAUGCUGCGGGCGCAUGCUCUGGCUUGGCAUGCUUACGACAGUGAGUUCAGACAUGCACAGGGAGGACAGGUGUCCCUGGCUCUGCACAUGGACUGGGUGGAGCCAGCCUUUUCAUUCAGCCGUGAAGACGUGGAACCAGCCAAGAGAGUUUUGGACUUCAGUGUGGGCUGGUUUGCAGAACCCAUCUUUGGCAGCGGGGAUUAUCCACUGGAGAUGAGGAGCUGGCUGCGUCAGCUCAACUCACUUGACCUGCCAGUGUUCAACGAGGAGGACAGACAGCUGGUUAAAGGCACAUAUGACUUCUUUGCCAUCAGUCACUUCAGCACGAAGCUGGUGACGCACGCCAAAGAAGACCCGUACACCUACACAGAUUUGUUAGAGGUCCAACACAUGAUUGACACCACGUGGAUCAUGUCCCCGAGGCCUGUGGUACCCUGGGGCCUGAGGAAAGCUCUCAACUGGGUGAAGGCACAUUACUCUGAUGUCCCGGUCUACGUGAUGGCUAACGGGGUCCAGGAAGACCCAGCCCACUUCAAAGACAGCCUAAGAGUCUACUACCUGUACAACUACAUCAACGAGGCACUGAAAGCGUACACUCUGGACGGCGUGAACCUGAAGGGUUACUUCGCCUACGCCCUGAGCGACCAAAGGGACCCAGGCUUCGGUUUGUACGGCCAGGUCCAAGACGAGGUCAUCGUCAAGGCUUCGCUCUCCAAUUAUCGUAACAUCAUCCAGCACAACGGCUUCCCCAUCAUGGAGGCUGAGCCCCAGCAGUGUCCCAGCAUGCCUCAGCCCUGCACAGGCUGCCAGGAGCUGGUCAGGAAGCCUUUGGUGGGCUUCCUGACUCUGGUGGGCUCAGGGAUGCUCAUCACUAUGGGCCUCGUUAUCUACUACACAGCCAAGAGACACAAAGAGUAUUACUGAUGGAUGCGACUUUGGGGUUGUGUCUUGUGAAUGACACAAGAAGGAACAGGGAUUCGUUGUUUUCUGGAGUGCAGUGUAGUCCCUGAAUUAUUGCACUUCUUUUGACUUUCUCAUUAAAUUAAGCUGCUUUAUUUAACUUAUUUGACUAACUUCUUCUAAUUCUAAGUUUUAUCACUGUAACUGAAUAGUAUGUUGUGUGUGUUUGUUUAAAAACCUGAGGUAACUUUGACAGUAAACAAAACAUAAACGCUGAAAGACGCUUUCUGUUUUAACUUUAUUUUAAAGACUCAAUUUAAUCAGGCUGAAGAAAUCCUCGAGUUAAAAUUGUUUUAUAAAUGACUUCAUGCACAUCUUGACUGAAGUCUUCCUCCAGAUGAACUCUAACCAGAGUGAAGUAAAUGGAAAGAGGUUGAAAAUUCCUGAAAAAGUCCUCCUGGAUCAAGAGGACUUAGAGUGCAUCAGAUCUAAAUGUCUUAACAGUCUAAGAAAUCUAACUGAGGUGGGGUUCAUCUGUCACAUAAACAUCUACUCUGAUGUAGGGAGAUAAAAAACAUCAACAAGUUAUCACUUUAUUCUUUUGUACUUCAACACCAACUGCUUGUUUUGACCAUAGACGGUAUAAAUAAUGGACGUUGUAUCUGAGAAUAGAGAAAUUAACUACUCAGACCUAAACUGUUUUUUGAACCAGACUGUC